AUGAGUGAUCUUCUCAAGUACAUCCUCGACAACGAGGAAGCAUUCCGCAGAAACCGCCUCCCAUCCCUCUACUCCGAUUUCACUCCUCAAAAGAAAACAAACCCAGACGGGUACGCCGUCAAUGUCGCCGCAUGGGAACAAGCCCUCAACAGAGCUGCAAAGCGCGGCUACACCUCGUCCCGCGGAGUCCGCGUACGUUCCGGAUCAAACACCUCGUCAAAGAACAAUGGUUCACAAGUGCAACGCAAGAAGACGGAUCACCUCAUUUUGCGGACAGAUGAGUCCUUGCUAAGAGAUCUGGAAAGUGCGGAGUGGGGGAGGCCCGUUGCACUGGGUACUGUCUUCGACGAGGCUAUGCGCAAGCGCUCUAUGAUUCCUUUGGCUGUUUACAAGACUACUGCUGGGCUUUUUCAAAAAAACCAAUGGAGGGUUAUUGAUCCUGGAGUUUUAAGUCCGUGGAAUGUCAUGAGUUGGGGCGUUAAACAGCUGAAAGGGUUUGUUAUUGGGUCUGAGAGUGAUUCGGCGCCGAAGUUGCAGGUUCAGGAGUUGGUUCUGGUGGAGAAUUUGCAGGAAGUAGCAGACUUGGCUGUGAAAAAGGCUACUGGUGGCAACCCCUCGAAGCUGGAUCUGAUAUGCUCUAAAGAAAGUUUUGUUGAGGUGUUUUCUGGCAUAUUGAAUGAUGCUACAGAGUUAUCAGAUGCUGAUUUUGAUGUUCUAUUGCUCUAUUUGUCCCGCGACAGCGGUGAUAUUGCAUAUGAUGGGAAUACAAUCAAGUUCAAAUCCGCAGGCGAGACGCCAGAGAUCACACAACAAGAUACGACAAUCGCGUCUAUCAAGAGCUUAGUUGCGACGAUAUCAAAACAAGCCGCAACUUUGGAGGCCAAGAUCGUUGAGCUCAAUACAUCUGCAAAGACAGCGCUGGCGAACAAGAACCGCGUCUCGGCGCUAGCCGCUGUACGCUCAAAGAAGAUGGCCGAGCAGAACCUCAAGCAGAGACUUGACACACUUAUGCAGCUUGAGGAGGUUUAUACCAAGAUCGAACAAGCCGCCGGUCAGAUUGAGAUCGUACAGGUCAUGCAGGCAAGUACCGGUGUUCUCCGCGGUCUUCACACAGAGAUUGGUGGCACCGAGAGGGUUGAGGAUAUUAUUGAUGAGUUGCGUGAGGAGAUGAGCAAGGUGGACGAAGUCGGCAGCAUUAUGAAUGAAGCCGGCCCGGUCAUCGAUGAGGGAGAGAUUGAUGAGGAGCUCGAAGCCUUGGAGAAGGCUGACAGGGAGGUGCAGGAGAGGGAAGAAGCAGCGGCCACAGAGAAGAGACUGGCCGAGCUGGACAAUGUCAAGCAAGCCUCCGACGAAGCUGCCCGUAAAGCAACGGCGGCCAAGAAGGUGGAUGCUGAGCUUGCGGGCAGCAUUGAGAGACUUUCCAAUAUGUCUGUUGAAGAUCGCCCGAUGCCCGCCAAUUAA